AUGGCCGAGGAGGAGUGGCUGCGCACCGAAUAUGCCGGCCACGAGCUGUACACUUUGCUGGACAACGCCUCCGCAACUGACAUCCUCGCCCCGGAUUACUGGGAGACGGUGCGCGACGGUCAGCUAGCCGGGGAAGCAUUGUACCUAGACCUCAAACGCAUGGAGGAGAUCGUCAAGCACUUUUCCCUGCGCGAGACAAAUCCUCGGGCCCUUCUCGCGCUCCACGAGUUGUGUGAAGCCCAGUUCGAUGUUCCUGGAGUUCUGUUCGAGAUGGACUUCCCGUCACUUCUGCCGGCGCAUCCUCUCGGUGUCCGUAUCACUUCCUGGCUUCGAGGACACAGGUAUCGCAUCUCAUCUACUCCCGAUGACUACCCCCCGCAGAGAGAAGCCAGUUUUCGCACAGACCACAUCCCACUCACAUCCGUCCCCGUGUCCAACUGUUACAAGGACGCGGGCGUCUGGGACACGGACUACCGACCUUCCGACCAGUAUGGGCCGUUUGAAGGAGCGGGGGCCAUUUCCUCCUGGCGCAUUUCGCUACCCAAAACCCUCCGCCAAUUUGACUACCGCAGCAUCUCUGAUGUUGUUUUGCACAUCCCUUGUUCGUCAUUUGGGGCCGGCAGGUUGCUGGAGAGGAGCGCAUCCGCGGCCGUCGAAGACUGGGCCUCUGCGCCACCCCCGUUCUUCUUCGCCGAUAGUUCCGCGUACGGCAACGUUGGCAAGGUCCUAGCCAUUAACCUAGAAGAGGACUAUCCAGAGAAGUGGAAAGAGUUGGCCGCGGGUGACCCCAUGUCACUGGACCAGGUGGAGGACCGACCCCGGUUUUGGGCCCGGGCGCACAAAAGCCCGGUCCAGUCCAGCGAGGUGACCCUUUUCAUCACUCCAUCAACCAGCGAGGAUAACAACAUAAUGCUUAACGACAACAUCGAGCUUACACAGGAUCAGUCCCUGGGUGAAUACUCCACUUAUUCGGCCAUGAGAAGCCUGGACUUGGCCCAAACUUGGUCAGUCUCGAACUUAAAUCCCGCAGACGAGUCGAGGCCUUUCCAGCGCGGCUGGCUCCUGAUUCAAUUUCAACUCAAAGGUUGAGCGUAGCAGAGAUCGAUGCCCAUGCAUUGUAUUAGAACUUCGGUUGUGGG